AUGAAGCGCAAGACAGAUGAAACAGGCUCCCGGGCCAAUGGACUCUCGGGUUCCAAAAAGCGUGCACUCUCUAGCCAAGAAGCCACUGUGCGCUUUCGUGAUGGCUUGUUCGAUACUGCGGAGCAGCAGAAAUACACUGAUGAAUACGCUAAGUCGAGCCCCUACUACCAUGGAGUGAUUCACGAAUUGAUCGAACCGUCGCUGCUGCGAUCCGUCCGCGAAGAGAUUCAAGAGCAGGUGGACUUCACUGAGAAAGAGACCGACAUCUAUAAGAUUUUCCAGUCAGGCGACCUGGCUAACUUGGAUGGCCUCGACGAUUCCUCGCUGUCUAAGCUGCCGUUUCUUCUGAAGCUCCGCGAUGCGAUGUACUCCGCCCGAUUCAGGGAAUACUUGUCUGCCGUGACUGGCUCUGGCAAGCUUAGUGGCCGCAAGACCGACAUGGCUAUCAAUGUCUACACCGAAGGUUGUCAUCUGCUGUGCCACGAUGAUGUCAUUGGAAGUCGACGAGUGAGCUACAUUCUCUACCUGACUGACCCUGAUACCCCCUGGCAAGCGCAGUGGGGUGGGGCCCUGCGUCUUUACCCAACCAAGACUGAAAAAGAUGUCAAAGGAGAGGCAGUCACGAUCCCAAGCCCAGAUUUCAGUCUCUCCAUUCCACCAGCAUUCAACCAACUCAGCUUCUUCACCGUUCAGCCCGGUGAGAGUUUCCAUGAUGUGGAGGAAGUGUACCACCACGGCGAAGGGGAGGACAAAUCGAAGAAACGAGUUCGAAUGGCCAUCAGCGGAUGGUUCCAUAUUCCCCAGGAGGGUGAGGACGGAUAUGAAGAAGGCCUCGAGGAGAAACUGGCCGAGCGCAGCAGUCUUGCCCAGCUCCAAGGUCGCGGUGACAUUUACGAUCUGCCUCAACCGCAGCCUGUAUCAUGGGAGGAACCCGAGGUGGAGGGCAAGGGCAAGGGAAAAUUGGAGGAGCAGACCGAGGGGACCGAAUUCAAUGAAACCGAUCUUGAAUUCCUGGUGCAGUACCUCGCGCCGUCUUACUUGACACCGGACAUUGCCGAAGAAAUGUCCGAGGCUUUUGCUAACGAAUCGUCACUCAGCCUUGAGCGCUUUCUCAAUGAAAAGUUCGCUUCGCGCAUCAGUGCAUAUAUUGAGGACCAAGAAAGACAGACUCUGCCUGCCUCGUCAGAGGAGAUCCAAAAUCAGACCGAGUGGACUGUAGCUCGCCCGCCUCACAAGCAUCGGUACCUGUACCAGCAACCCUCGGCGUAUGAUACAUCGAAUCCCAUCAAAGAAUUGCUCAACGUCGUCUUCCCGUCCCAGGCUUUCCGAAAAUGGCUUGCUCUGAUCACCGGCGUCGACCACCUUCAUAGCCAUAACUUCCUUGCCCGUCGCUUCCGUCGCGGUGCUGACUACACAUUGGCCAGUGGUUACACUGGCGAGGAGCCGCGCUUAGAAUUCACCCUCGGUCUGACUCCGACAACUGGAUGGGAAAAGCAGGAGGACAACGAAGAGGAUUCCGAUGAGGAUCAUGAAAAUGAAGAGGCACAGUCUUUAUCGAAGCCUCAAGAGAAGGUUGAGGCCGAGCUUGCCGAGCAUCCUUCCGUGGGUGGUUACGAGAUCUACAUGGCUGGUGACGACGAUGACGACGAAGAUGAGGAGAAUGAAGAAAAUGCAGACCAGGGGCCCCGGAAGAAGACCAAGGCGGAUCCCGCUAUCUACCGUUCUGCCGGCGCUGACGAGGAUGAUGGAAUUCUCUUCAGCACCCAAGCCGGAUGGAACCGACUCAGCAUUGUGCUCCGUGACAGUGGCACAUUGAAGUUCGUCAAGUACGUGAGUGCAUCUGCCAAGGGAGACCGGUGGGAUAUCAGUGCAGAUAUUGGGGUUGAGUUUGAAGAUGAUGACGAAGAAGAUGAGAUGGAAGACGAUGACGAAUAG